AUUUAAUAAUUUAAAUUUAUAUUCGUAAAUUAUUUAUCAUGGCGUAUUCUACAAGUGUAAAUAUAAGUAUUGAAACUCAAGCCGAAAAUAUAAUUCAGGAAAUUUCAUAUGAUGGUCAGGAAAUCUAUCAACCGGCAUUGUCUAUGUCUGAUAAUUUGUCAAAGCUUGCACAGAGAAUUGACUUUAGUAAGGUUGAUGAGGACACUAAACAACAAGAAGUAGAGACCAAAAGUGAAGAAGAAUCCAAAGAGCCAUCUCCUAAUGUCCCUGUAUCUGGAUGGAUUGAAUCAGUAGUUUCUAAACUAAAGAGAGCAGCAACAGAGAUUUGUGUUAUAUCAGAUGUGUUAGCUGUUACAAAAGAAAAACGAUAUAUGAUACUUGAUCCAAUCCCUACUGAAUCAAUCGAAACCAAACCAAUGGCUCAAAUUUAUCUCCGCAAAAAGGCAUUAGCUAGUGCAUCAAAUAUAAUAAUGUCAGCUGUAGACCGUUUAAGAAGUAGUCAGAAUGAAUUCAUAAGAAACAGAACUACUCCUGACUUUCAUAUUGAGUUAUUAAGAUUACGACAAAAUUGGAGGUUAAAAAAAGUUUCUACGGCCAUUAUUGGUGACCUAAGUUAUAAAACAGCUGGUUCGAAAUUUGGACAAAGUGGUAUGUUUGAAGUAACAAAAGCAGAAGAUGAUGUUCAAUCAAACACUGGAAUUUCUUCUAGUAGCCCAUCAUCCUCUCCUAGUCAGAAUGUUUCAAUCGCCAAAUCUCCAUCAGCACUUAGAGUGACUGUACCUACUGAACUACAAGGAGUAUCUUACAUAAUGGUAUUAUGCCAAAAAGAUCAAGAAAAUAUUUUUAACACUUCAUUCAAUCUACUGGGUUCAGCUCCAGCUACUCCUAAUCCAGACAUGCAUUGGCAACAAAAAUUAGAAGCUGCACAAAAUGUAUUGUUUUGUAAAGAAUUGUUCAAUCAGCUUGCCAAAGAAGCAGUUCAAUUGCAAGCAACCAUACCACAUAUGGUUGUUGGAAAUCAAAUUUCAGCUACAGUAUUUCCUGGUAUCCAGUUAAUAAUUGGAUUAUGUCAUAGUUCAACAAAUGGUAACCCUAAUACUAUAUUACCAUCUAAAACUGAUCAUGAUCAUGUACUAGAACACUCUCUGCAUCAACUUUUAAGAGAAGUACAUCACAGAAAUACUCAUCAACCAUUUCCWCAUCCUUCUUCAGGGCCAUUGGGUCCAAGUAAACGUCGUGCAGUUGCUGGACCUAAUGCUGCCGAUCGUUUUGAAUUAUUAGAAAUGUCUAAAAAUCAAACUUUAUUAGAACAAAUUAUAGAACAAGCUCAACAUUUUUUUAUGAGGCUACGUACAGAAUAUGUUAUUGAUACUCUAGCUAAAGAAGUUAAAGACCCAAUUAUAAUUUCACAUUGGAAUUCAUUGAACUCUCCAACUCAAGCUUGUGUUAAAGUUACUAUUGUGUCACACGGAUUUGACUGUAUUUGUCGAACUUCGUUAGUUGUUCAUGUAAUGAAAAAAUCGUUAAAAUGUAUUUGCCGAGAUGGCCGAGUAAUGUAUUUAUCAUAUGAACCACAAGAAUUAAGAGAUCUCAUUUUUUGUCAAAUUUAUCAACAUCAAAUAAUGGGCGUACAGUCUGUAGCUAAAACACAAGGAUGGCAAUUUUUAGCUAGUUCUUCUCACCUUGGUYUAGGUCCAGUUGAGCCUAUGGGAAAUGCUAGCUCUUGUCUCUUAGCUUCGCCAAUAGGAGAUAGGUUAAUAUCUGUGAAAUGUGAACCACAAGGCAAUGUCAGYGUGGGUAUUGCACAUUCUCCAAAAAAAGACUUCUUUGGRGGUCAAUUGGUGAAAGAAAGAAAAUGGGAAAAUUUGGGAGGUUCGUUUAAAAAAGUUAGGUGGGACAAAAUGGAAGGUAAAAACUUUUUAAAUAAAAUUGAACUUUUAAUGGCUAGUUUAACCAAUUCUACCUAAUUUGUCAACAAAAAAAUCUUAUUGAUGUAAAAAAAUGUAUUAUAGUUUAUGUUGUAUAUUGUAUUAGGUAA